AUGACGUGCAAUGGGAUUCUUGCAUCUUUAGGAAGAGGUGGAAUUGCAGCCUUCAUUGGUGUGUGCACAAUUUUAGCAGUGUUUGGCAUCGCUGAAGGGCAUGUGGAAGGCGCAGUCACAGGAGACCUAUCCUUGGUGUGCUCGGAGUUCAUCGAAUCUUUUUCUGCCGGCAUAGCUGCAUCAGGUGCGAUAACGUCUGCACUGAGAUUUGUUACAAAAGCUGCUUACGGCCUUCGCAAAAGGAGCUACACUUAUCUACUCACCUUUGCAGUUCUCUUCUUCUCGAUUCCAUGCUUCUUUGCGCUGCUAUGCUUCCUCCUGUACGCCUACGCCUUCCCAAAGCUGCCUAUAGUGAAGUUCUACCACUCGAAAGCCGCUUCAGAGGGAUCACUGACCGUCAUGGCAGACCUUGCCGCCGGUGGCAUUGGAAGGCACCCAAAUUCAUCGCCAUUAGUUGAAGGUGGCCCUGCUCCCCCUGAACGCCUGAGCAACAAGCAGCUCCUGGUGCAGAACGUGGACUACGCACUGCACGUGUUCCUAAUCUACUUGCUGACGCUGUCGGUCUUCAUGGGGUUCCUCGCCGAAGACGUCGGAUCGCACUGCUUGGGUUCCUGGUACUCGCUCGUCCUCAUCGCGAGCUACAACGCCUGGGACCUGAUCGGGUGGUGCCUGCCGUUGGCCGGACGCAUCAAGCUGACGUCUCGGAAGGGCAUCUGGGUCGCGGUCCUCGCCCGGUUCGCGCUGCCCCCCGUGUUCUACUACGCCGGCAAGGGCGGCGGAGAGGGCUGGAUGGUAUAG